CGCAGCGCCUCCUCCAUGCUGACCAAGCCUCUGCAGGGGCUCCCUGCGCCCCUCGUGACCCCCACGCAACCGCCAGGAGGCAAGGAUCGGGCAGCCUUCGAGGCCGGACACCGACUUGGCCCCCUCUUGGGUAAGGUGGGCCUUGGCACCAUCUUCGUGGGACACCGCGUCACAGAUAGAUGCCAGGUGGCCAUCAAAGUAAUCUCCCGAAAUCGUGUGCUGGGCUGGUCCACCUUCUCAGACUCAGUCACGUGCCCACUUGAAGUGGCACUGCUGUGGAAAGUGGGUGAAGGCAAUGGGCAUCCUGGUGUGAUCCGUGGGCUUGACUGGUUUGAAACCCCAGAAGGCUUCAUGCUGGUCCUUGAGCGACCCAUGCCGGCCCAGGAUCUUUUCGACUACAUCCCUGAGAAGGGCGCACUGGGUGAAAGCCGCAGCUUCUUCACCCAGGCGGUGGCAGCUGUCCAGCGCUGCCAGGCGCGUGGAGUUGCCCAUCGCGAUAUCAAGGAUGAGAACAUCCUGAUAGGCCUGUGCCGGGGCUGCAUAAAACUCACCGAUUUUGGUUCUGGUGCCCUGCUUCAUGAUGAACCUUACACGGACUUUGAUGGGACAAGAGUGUACAGCCCUCCAGAGUGGAUCUCUCGACACCAGUACCAUGCCCUUCCAGCCACUGUCUGGUCACUGGGUGUCCUCCUCUGUGACAUGGUGUGUGGGGACAUUCCAUUUGAGAGCGACCAGGAGAUUCUGGAGGCUGAGCUCCACUUCCCUGCCCAUGUCUCAUCAGAUUGCUGUGCCCUAAUCCGCCGGUGCCUGACUCCUAAACCUUGUUCCCCACCCACACUGGAGGAGAUUCUGCUGGACCCCUGCGUGCAAACACCAGCAGACAAAGCACCCAUCAGCCCCUCCAAAGGAAGGCCCACCCCUUUACCCCAUCCCUGCUUCCCUAGGCCCAGCCAGGAUCUCACUACUUGGAAUCCCAUGGUUACGCCACAAGGGGUAUCUGUUGACCUGGUUAUACAGGCUGUUUAA